AUGACGGCUGUGCAAAAUCUUUCCAGUGACGACGAGAUAAAGGAUAUCGAGAAUCCAAUCGAGGAUCCCAAUACAGAAGCGUCAGUCGAAGAUGCCAGCCAACUACAGCAACUGCAAGAGGAUGAACACGACGGCGGAUAUGGCUGGGUAUGCGUCGCAUGUCAGUUGAUGAUUACAGCGAGCACAUGGGGAGUCAACGGUGCUUUCGGUGUCUACCUCACUCACUACAUCUCCACAAACGAAUUCCCCGGCACGUCCGAAAUCGCCUACUCUUUCAUCGGUGGUCUAUCUCAAUCCCAAAUCCUCCUCAUAGCUCCCCUCGUCACGCACGCCACUAAGCUUCUCGGCACCAAGCCUCCGCUAUUCAUCGGAGCCGCGCUGGAAGCUGGAGCUCUGGUAGGCGCGAGCUUCGCUACGAAAUCUUGGCAACUCUUCUUAUCCCAAGGCUUGUUAUUCGGCUGGGGCUGUUCAUUCUUAUACAUUGGCACCAUUGGCCUUAUUCCACAGUGGUUUGCUCGAAGAAAGGGCAUUGCGACUGGAAUUGCAGCUGCGGGAAGUGGUCUCGGAGGUCUCAUAUACAGUUUAUCCACCGAGGCCAUGAUUUCCAACUUGAGCGUUGCCUGGGCCUUUCGCAUCACGGCCAUCUGCACCGCUGUCACAAACGUUGUUUGCAUCAUAUUAAUAAAAGAUAGGAACAAGCAUAUUCAGCCGUUUCAGAAUGCGUUUGAUUUCCGCCUCUUGAAGCGGCCCGCGCUGCUCCUCAUCAUUGCGUGGAUGUUCCUCAGCGUCAUUGGAUACACGUGCGUUCUGUUCUCGCUCCCUGAUAAUGCUACUCGGAUCGGGCUUACUGCCCACCAAGGUGCUAUCUUGGGUGCCUUGGCCAAUCUUGGAAUGGUUAUUGGUAGACCGGCAGUGGGCUUUCUCAGUGACCGAUAUGGGAGGUUGAACAUUGUCAUCUCAGCGACCUUUUUAGCAGGAAUAUGGUGCUUGUGUCUCUGGACGUCAGGAACAUCAUAUUCCAUCUUGAUUGCAUUUUCUAUUCUAGGAGGAACGGUCAUGGGAACAUGCUGGCCGAUGGCCGGGCCGAUGCUGGCAGAUGCCUUUGGAAUAAAGCUUCUCCCAUCCACACUGUCUAUUCUCUGGACCAGUUCUGCUAUCCCUUCAGCAUUUGCUGAGGCCAUGGCUUUGGGACUUCGACGAACGCACAAACCCGUCUAUCUCGACGUUCAGAUAUUUUCCGGGUGUAUGUUUAUUGGUGCUGCACUUCUCUUGCUACCUCUGAGGUUUAAGAAGAACAUCAAAAGCCUCGCUUCAUCAGAGAAAAACUGA